AUGAAAGUUGAAGACUUUAUUUGUCUUGCUUCUAUCACAGGGGAUGCAUUUGGAAAACAAAAGGCAGCACAACCUUUAAAAGACAUAACAAAUCGUCAACUUUUCACACAAUUACAUUAUACAAAUCUAGAGAGUUGUGGACACGCUUCAUCGUCUCAAUCUGAGGCACAAUCCCCAAAUUUACUUCAACAGAAACAUUUGCAACUUGGUUUGUCAACUUCAAAUGUGGAGACAAAUUAUCUUCUACCAGAUUUAAAUAUGCUACCCCUUCUUCCAGAAAUUGAAGAUGUCAAUAUUGAUGGUGAUGUAGCAGAAAAUAAAGAUGCAACUGAAAGUGAAGACGACUAUGAAGAGCCACAUGUUGGAUAUGGAAUUAUUGACAAUGAAGAAUACUGGGAUAUAGGCAAUCCUACAUAUGAAUGUGAAUAUUGUGGUGCUUACUUCUG